CACUUACUGACAUCUAGCGGAGGUUAUGUGCAGCACUGCAACCUUAAACAUAAGAACUAACGAUAUUAGUUUAGUUUAGUUUAGUUUAGUAAGAACCAAUGCGUUUCAUUUAUUCAUAAAUAUAACAGUUUUUUGGCUGUUUGUCGAUAUGUCUAUGCAGACAAAUCACUUCAUUUAUUGUUACUUUUUUUAUGGAAAUGAUCCAUUUUAAUUUUAAAGUACAUUUGAAUUUAAAUUGUUUCAACACAGAGUCACCAUGACAAGAGUUCUGUCAUCAUGACGUGACAGCUUUAAUCCUUUAAUCUAAAAGAAAGUCAUUAUCAACGGACCAACACCAGGUGGAAAGAUGACAGAUACCAGAUUCCUUCCUUUGUACCAGGUCACAUGUACAAGUACCUGCACAGUGGAAUGAAAACAGCUCUGAUUCUGCAACAAAGCAAAAAUAAAUAAAUAAAACAUAAACAAAUAGCAGCUGUAAAUGAAAGAUAAAGUUAACACAAGUCACUGGUACAAACAAUAAACCAGAGCAGCAGCAGCAGCAGAGUAAACCAUGGUGGCAGAGCCUGUCUGUGGAUUCACUCCAGCAGUGAGGUCGUAGAGCAGGAACAGGAAGUGACCCGUGUGGCGUUGGAAAGGUUUAGGUAUGAAUUUCAACAUCUCCGUCGGUGACCUCAUCUCCUCCCCCUCCUGUCAGUAUGAAGUGCAGGAGUUCCUGGGCAGGGGGUCGUACGGGCUGGUCACCCAGUGCAGGAAAAGCCCCAACAACCAAACGGUGGCUUUGAAGAUCCUGCGGACGCCAGCGUGUUUGGACGUGGCUGAGACGGAGGAGGCCUUCCUCAGGACCAUGACCCAGUUCCACUCAGACAAGUUCAACGUGGUCCGUCUGCUGGACUCCUUCACCUACAGAGGACAGCUGUGUCUGGAGUUUGAGAAACUGGACAUGAACCUCAGUCAGUUUGUCCAGAGGAACCACAACCACGUCCUGGACUUGACCCUGAUCCGUCCACUUGUGCAGCAGUUGGCCACUGCCAUGGAGUUCCUGCGGGGGCUGGGGGUCGUCCACGCUGACAUCAAGCCCAGUAACAUCAUGGUUCUGGACCAUCAACAAAAACCAGUGCAGUUCAAAGUGAUUGACUUUGGACUGGCCUGUGUCCAUCCUGAGAGAAAGACAGGAGCCAAGCUGCAGUCUGGCUGCUACAGAUCUCCAGAGGUCAUGCUGGGCUGUCCCUUCAACGAGGCCAUUGACAUCUGGUCUCUGGGCUGUGUUACUGCCAAAGUGCUGUUGGGCAAAACCCCCUUCCUUGGAGGUGAUGACUUUGAACUGAUGAGGGACAUCGUCGCCGUCCUUGGAAGGCCCCCGGACCACAUGUUGAGUACAGGACUGUACACUCCACAGUUUUCAAAGCUGGAUAUUUUCCAGCUGGACUCGGCCGUGCAGUCGUCCAAGUCGUUCUGUGGAGAUGAACGGAACACCAGGAACGUCACGCCCAGUGAUCUGGGCCCGGUUCCGUCAGAGGUUUGUGGAGAAGACGUCGGUGACGAAAGGUUCGGUCUGAUCGACCUGAUCACGCAAAUGCUGAGUGUAGAUCCUGCGAGGAGAAUCAGCCCAGAGCUGAUCCUGUCUCACCCCUUCAUCACUGACCAGCAGCUGGUCAACAUCUCCGGGGACAACCCCAAAGUGCAGCUGCUGAUGGAGCAGCUGAGCAGGAGUCAGGGUGUGGCGCCCCCCAGUGACGACUCCUCCUAUGUCACCGCCAGUCUGCCCAGCUCUGACUGCACGGAGGACAGCUGUGAUUGGCUGAGUGCCAAGGAACACCCCUACCUUCUGGAGGACAUCAUCUACGAAGAAAGUCCAGAGACGGAACGAGGGGCGGGGGCCGAAGAGGAGUCGCUCUGUACCAGCAGGACGGAGGACGGCGGUGAACCAACGAGACAAACCGGUCUGCAGAGGUCAACAGGUCACCAGCGGAGAACAGAUGAAGGUGACGAUGACCACGGUGGUCAAAGUGUGAACUUGAAGAACAUCUGUCCUGCGGAGAAGAGACGAAGAGUGGAGAAGGUGUUGGACGUCAGUGAGAGAAGAAUCACUCGAAGUUCUGCCAGGAUCCAGUCCAGACUGAACCAGGAAGAUCCUGCUGCGCCAAGGAAGAGGUCACGCAAAAGGAAGAACAUCUCAGUAACCCAGGAAUAGAACCGGACUGGACCGGACCGGACCGGACUGGUCUGUACUGGACUGAACCGUUUUGGACUGGACCGGACCG